AUCGGAGUAAUCUCAGGAGGGCUUCUUUGAUGACACCACGUCAGAUGUUCCGGCUGUCAAACAUGACAGCGAGAUGGCAACGUCGAGAAGUAUCUAAUUUUGAAUACCUCAUGUUCCUGAACACUCUAGCAGGUCGGACUUACAAUGACCUGAACCAGUAUCCAGUCUUUCCUUGGAUUAUUUCCAACUACGAGACGAAAGAACUUGAUCUCACAUUACCAAGCAAUUAUCGUGACUUGUCCAAGCCGAUCGGUGCACUGAACCCGAGCAGAAAAGCAUAUUUUGAGGAACGUUUCCAGACCUGGGAACAUGAGAGCAUACCACCCUUCCAUUAUGGAACUCAUUACUCGACCGCUGCCUUCGUCCUCAAUUGGCUUAUUCGAGUGGAACCAAUGACUACUUUCUUCCUCGCUCUUCAAGGAGGUAAAUUCGACCACCCUAACAGACUCUUCUCUUCGGCCUCCUCAUCGUGGAAGAAUUGUCAACGUGACACUUCCGAUGUCAAGGAGCUGGUCCCGGAAUUUUUCUUCCUGCCAGAGAUGUUCAUCAAUAGCAAUCGUUAUCGAUUAGGUAUUCAAGAAGAUGGCAGUUCUGUAGGUGAUGUACAAUUGCCUCCUUGGGCAACUACACCGGAGGAAUUCGUACGCAUCAAUCGAAUGGCUCUGGAAUCUGAAUUUGUAUCAUCUCAACUUCAUCAGUGGAUAGAUCUAAUUUUUGGAUACAAACAGAGAGGACCAGAAGCAGUGCGCGCAACAAACGUUUUCUACUAUCUCACGUACGAAGGAAGCGUUGAUCUGGAAACCAUUACGGAUCCCGUAAUGCGAGAAGCUAUAGAAAAUCAAAUACGAAAUUUCGGCCAAACGCCUUCACAGCUUCUUCUAGAGCCCCAUCCACCUAGAAACUCCGCAAUGCAUUCAGUAAGUCCAACUGGGUCCUUAACGAGCUCCAAGUUCGCUGCAAAUUCUGUGCGCGUGAAAAAUAUUGUAAGUGAUGAAUAA